AGUUAUUAUGUAAGAUGUUCCCAGUCAGUCAGUCAGCUACAUCCCCGCCAGAGUCUGAGGCACGAUGAGGGCGCUUUAAGAGAAGCCUCAGCUCCUGUCCGGGAUCCUGGCAGGACGCACACCACCUUCUGCUGCACCGACACAACUCACCUGGAGCACAGCAGAGUCCCACAGGACAAGACGACUGCGCUCGCUAAAAGUGCAAGUGGCUCCCAGUCAGUGACCGUUCAUCAGGUCUCUAAGUGUUGCGUCUCCUCCCCGGCUCAGGAGUGUCUCCUACCUGCCUGCCCCCGGAGCUUUAAAAGGUCCGCCUCGGAGCGAGCAGACGCCACACUGUUGCAGACGGACCGCGGAUCCAGGACAGCGGGCCACUAAAAAGAAGACAAACAUGAACCUGGAACUAUGGAUGACAAAACACUGAAAUGUGAAAAUAAAAUUCAUGAGGUUAUAACAGCAGGUGUGACAAAGUGAAUUCAUCUAGUCUUCUUUUUUUGACGGGAGCCAAGAAACAUCAUGGAGCUGCAGCACAACACCAAUCACAACCAGGCCUUGUGGAGAGAGAUACCAUGGGAGUCCACGGAGGACUGCUCGCUCUCAGUGAGCGGGACCACUUUCCUCAUCAUCGCUUACAGCAUAGUGAUGGCCGUGGGGCUCAUCGGGAACGCCUGCUUGGUUUUUGUCAUCAUGCGGCACAAGGAGAUGCAAAACGUUACCAACAUCUUCAUUGUCAACCUGUCUUGUUCUGAUAUUCUUAUGUGCAUUAUAUGCCUCCCAGUCACCAUAAUUUACACACUGAUGGACCAGUGGAUCCUCGGUGACACAAUGUGCAAGCUCACGCCCUUCAUCCAGUGCAUUUCAGUUACUGUCUCCAUCUUCUCCCUCGUCCUCAUUGCCUUGGAGCGCUACCAGCUCAUCGUCCACCCGACUGGAUGGAAACCACUGGUGAGCCAGUCCCACGUGGCAGUGGCCGUCACCUGGAUCGUGGCCUGCCUGAUAUCUGUGCCUUUCCUAAAGUACAGUGUACUUACCUUGCCUUUCCAGAACCUGAGCCUCCCCAUCCCUGUCAGCGACCACCUCAUUUGCAUGGAAGUGUGGCCGUCCAUUCCAAAGCGCCGCGCAUACACCACCUCCCUGCUUGUCUUCCAAUACCUGCUUCCUCUCACCCUCAUCUUGGUCUGCUACCUGCACAUCUACCUGCGUCUGAGAAGGAGGAAGGACAUGGUGGAGCGCGGCAGGAAUGCGACUCAAAAGAAGAACAAGGGCUCCACAAGGAUCAACGCCAUGCUGAUCUCCAUUGUUGUGGCCUUCGCUCUCUCCUGGCUUCCACUCAACAUCUUCAACACGGUGUUUGACUGGAACCACGAGGCCAUCCCAUCUUGUGGCCAUGACGUCAUCUUUUCUUUCUGCCACCUCACAGCGAUGGUCUCCACUUGCGUCAACCCGAUCAUCUAUGGGUUCCUCAAUAGCAACUUCCAGAAGCAGCUUAAGUCCACUGUAUUGCGCUGUCGCUGUUGGGGGCCGGUGGAUAGGUACGAAAUCGUUCCACUGUCUACUGUUAGCACAGAGGUCACCAAAGGGUCAGUCUUCAGCAAUGGAUCAAUCACUAUCAACUCAUAAAACAUUCCCCAAUGAAAUGGAAAAGAUCUAGUAGAAGAAGACUACCUAACCAACAGUGUCCCAUCGCUUUGGACUUUUUUGGGGUUUCUCUUUGUUGAUUUUGAAGAAAGUUCAUCAUUUGCAAAGUGAAAAUCUAUGAAGCAACAGUGAAAAGCAAAGUGUUGACAUGUCAUUGGCCUGGCACAGUUGUCUUGAUUUAAAGAGUGUUCCCACUGAAGAGGAAGUAGAUAACAAACGGUUCAAAGGUUGGACCAGUUGAACUACUGCUGGACAACAAAUGCUGCAAGGACCUACGAAUGAAUAGACGGCCUUUAAACUCGUCUUUUCUGUAACGUUCUAACAUCUAUUCUGAAGUCCGGAGUUUUCAGAGGACUUCUUCCUGUCUUUAUCCUGCUGUAAAUGUGCUCAACAACCAGUAAGUGCUGGGGAAAACAAAGCAAAUGUUCCCUUCAAUUCAGUUGCUUUAUGUUAAUAGCGGCGAUGAAGAAAUUAAGGGGAUUGUGAACUGUGACGUGUUAAUGAUUAUCAACCGAGAAACUUAUCACGCAGCUGAAGGAGACAAUAUUAAUGCUUUAGAUGUGGCUUUAGGGGCUCACUCAGUCAAUUCAUUGGCACCAUCUUAAUGCUUUUGUCAUUAUCUAAAAUCACCGCCAGUGCUGUAACAGUGGUUCUCAGAUAACCUCGGCCGGAGCAGCAUACGUCUCGUGCUGUCAGCCGGGUUCUGGACUCCGGUCUCUAUGUAUGUGUGGGAAAGUGUGUGCCAUGAAGUGUGCCGUACAAUCGCAUAUCAGCUGCAAUAAAACAAAAUAAAAGUGACAGUAAAGGACUUUGUCAGAACAGGUCUCUUCUGCUGUAUAUAUAUCACAUGACAGAGUUAUAGUUUAUGGUGUGGUCUAAAGUAAAGAGCACUUUGUAGCCUAGCAAAUGUCUCUCGGUGGACCUGUUGUUAGACACUUUGUGCAUUUUUAAUCGCAUUAAAUCGUAUACGUUAUCUUUAAUGAUUAAACCUGUGUUGUAAUAUUUGGGUUAGAGCUAUGUUACAUUGAAACAAUAAACUUCAUUACAUCACG